ACCUCUCCCCCUCACAUUUCGUUUCCCCCCUUCAAAAUCCUCCACUGCAUCAAAGUUUUCUCCUUUCUCAGCAAAAUGGCAGCUUCUUCCUUAAGUUCGUCCUUUCUGUCACCCUACACCCAACCCCAACCUAAACCUCAAAUCCCUACGGCCGCCCGCUUCUUCACUCCGAUUAAAGCUACUGCUCAUUCCGACGAACCCGCCGCCACCCAAGCCCAAAAAUACCGGCGCCCGGCUGACUUGAAUAUCCGCGAAGAGGCGCGACGGAUCUGCUUAUCCCACAACUUCUCCGCCCGCUACGUUCCCUUCAAUGCCGAUGCGGACUCCGACGAGUGGUAUUCUCUCGACGAAAUCGUCUAUCGCAGCCGCUCAGGUGGAUUGCUCGAUGUCCAGCAUGAUAUGGAUGCUUUGAAGAAGUUCGAUGGGCAGUACUGGCGCUCUCUGUUCGACUCUCGCGUCGGGAAGACGACGUGGCCAUACGGCUCCGGCGUCUGGUCUAAGAAGGAGUGGGUCCUACCGGAAAUCGACGGCGAUGAUAUAGUGAGCGCUUUCGAGGGGAAUUCCAACCUCUUCUGGGCAGAGCGUUACGGCAAACUGUUUCUAGGCAUGAAUGACCUAUGGGUCAAACACUGCGGCAUUAGCCACACCGGAAGCUUCAAAGAUCUGGGCAUGACAGUUUUAGUUAGUCAGGUUAACCGGCUGAGGAAGAUGAAGAAGCCAGUUGUAGGGGUGGGAUGUGCCUCAACAGGGGACACCUCCGCUGCCCUAUCUGCUUACUGUGCUUCCGCAGGUAUCCCAUCCAUUGUCUUCCUGCCAGCAAAUAGGAUAUCCCUUGCCCAAUUGGUUCAGCCCAUUGCAAACGGGGCAUUCGUGUUGAGCAUAGACACUGACUUCGAUGGCUGUAUGCAGUUGAUUCGCGAAGUCACUUCAGAAUUACCCAUUUACCUGGCCAAUUCCCUAAACAGCCUGAGACUAGAGGGUCAAAAGACAGCAGCCAUUGAAAUUCUGCAGCAAUUUGACUGGCAGGUUCCAGAUUGGGUCAUAGUUCCGGGUGGAAACCUUGGGAAUAUCUAUGCAUUUUAUAAAGGGUUCCACAUGUGCAAAGAAUUAGGUCUCGUCGAUAGGAUUCCUAGGCUUGUUUGUGCUCAGGCGGCGAAUGCCAAUCCUCUCUAUCUCCAUUACAAAUCAGGCUGGAAGGAUUUUAAAGCUGUAAAGGCAAGUUCUACUUUUGCUUCUGCCAUUCAGAUUGGUGACCCUGUAUCUAUUGAUAGAGCUGUUUUCGCGCUGAAAAAUUGCAAUGGCAUUGUAGAAGAGGCUACAGAGGAGGAACUGAUGGAUGCCACAGCUCAGGCAGACUCAACAGGGAUGUUCAUAUGCCCUCACACUGGUGUGGCAUUGACUGCCUUGAUCAAAUUAAGGAAUAAAGGGGUUAUCGGGCCGACUGAUAGGACUGUGGUGGUUAGUACAGCUCAUGGCCUGAAGUUUACUCAAUCAAAGAUUGAUUAUCACUCACAUGCCAUAAAGGACUUGGCUUGCCAGUAUGCAAACCCGCCUGUGCAGGUCAAGGCUGAUUUUGGUUCUGUCAUGGAUGUUCUCAAGAAAUAUUUGUUGAGCAAAGAAUCCAAGCACUAGGUCUUUCUUUGAUUCUUGGAUGGAAAUUUUAACAUCUGCUCAUGUAUUAGUAGCACUACUGUCUUCUACUGGUUUUUCAAACUUUGUUUACUUGCCAUGUGGAUUUAUUUGGAAUAAAUUAUAGUGCAUGGAAUGCUUCAAAACUUAUUGUGCAGGUUCUAAACAAGUCAGCAUGCUAGGUUUUGGACUUGUGCAUAUCUUCUUCAACAUAUCUAAUGCGAGCAUCCUGUCUUGAACUAUUUUGGCUCCAUAUGUUUUAGCUUUUGUUGCUUUAAUUACACAUGAAAAUGAUGUUGUUGCCUCACUGCAGCUAGGUGACAUACAUGCAUUACUGAGGUAUAUUGAGUUUGAUACCUGCCUCCAAUAAGGUGAUUAUGAAUUUUGUUUAUUUUUAUAAAAAUUUGUUGUUUUAAUCAUUAAUUUCUUCUUUACAUAUAUGAAGUGCUAUUUUGACUUUUUUAAUUACAUUGUUAAAUUUUUAAAAUGAAUAUUUUCCUUAAAAAAUUUAAGUUUUCAAACAUGUCACAGUCAAUUUGUCACAAAAAUAUAAAUUUCGCAAUAGCAUUUUGUCUCACGAUUGUUAUUACUAAACUCACCACUACAGUUGGUUUUUUUGUGCUCCACUUCAUACUAACAGUUACUCCAUAUGACAAAGGAAUCUCAAGCAGUUUGUAGUUUGCUAGUGAACAUCUUUUGGGGUGUGGCGGGGGCUCUGAUCUGAAAGGAUCCAUAACUUGUUUUAGGUGUAUAUCAAUAUGUUAACUACUAUAGAAGUAAAUUAUGGUUAACUGAUGCAGCUGUUCAAUAUAAUUAUAUGAACCUGUAAUCAGCCCGUAUUAACUGUUGAAUAUUAAUAUACCCUUUGACAUAUUCCUUCUAAAAGUUUGGCUUGUUUGGAACUAUUUCUUGUAUUCUCAUAGGCAGUUACAAUUUAUUUCAUCAAAUAUAAUGAUCGUUGGGUCAUAAACGCGUUAUCCUAACAUCGAUCUUUCAUGAAACUGAGUGAUAUCUGACAUUGAAUACAUGACGUGGUUUGGUUAGUAGUCAACAUUUCAUUGCCAUGGUAACAUAUUGCACUGCCAUACGGGUGAUGGAUUCUCACACUAUUGUGAAAUCAGGAUAAUUUUUCUAAGGGCUUCAUAUACAUAUAUAUUAUGCAUUCUUUAUGGUAGCUGUGCAAUGCAUAUAUAAAACAUAAGAGCUCAGAGCUACCGGUUUCAUCAAAUAGAAUGUCGAUCUUCAUUUCUCAAAACUCAACAUGGGUCCAUUUGAGCAUGCUUUGUUCAGGCUUGAAUUAUCAAUGCAAAUUCUUCUAUCGGGGGCCUUUAGAGCUUACACAUGGUGCAAGAUAUGCACAUGAUCUUGUAAAAGCUUUCCAGCUAUCAAAGCAAGUUGAUCCUGAUGACUUGAAAAAACUUGCUCGUAGCUUCAUGGCAAUGGUUAAUCAGGGAAUUGAAUAAGCUCAUGUUUGAUGAAGACAAAUCAGAUUCAAAGAAUCAGCCAAACAGGGGGUAAUAAUGCCUCUCAGCAGCAGCAGGUGGCUGUGGCAGCUUCUUUGGCUGCCACUGCUACUAACAAAGAAGACAUGGCUCAGCCUGCAUGUCCAGUCCCAUCUACUCUUCAGCUGCAACAGCCGCAUAGUGGAGUACCUGGUUCCUUUGUCAAUAUUCUCAUUCAAGGUAAUGGAUUGCCAACAACCCCUGAUGAUGUAUCAGCAAUGACUGCAGAGUUUCUUGCUCCGCUACAAACAAUCUGCAGCAGAGCUUGUCUACACUUCAGAAUGAAGUCAUACCUGCACACUAUGAAGCUGAAUUGGAAAUAAAAUAUUUUCCUUGAAAUGCUAGUUGGAAGGUGACACACAAAGGGACCCUGUGUCCUGUAUGAGGUUGGUCUGGAGCUUCCAUCACUACUAGGGGUUACCAUAUCCCGCCUGGAAAGGUAACUAGACCAGGGGUAAGAAAAAAACAUACUUGUUCAUCGAGGGCAUCACAGAACAGUCUGUCAGGAGGCAAAGGCGGAGUUUGAAGUGUAUGUUUCAAACUAUGCAAGGCAUCACUUCUAGGUUCAGCUUAGUUGACACGAUACUGAGUUGUGUAAGGUACUUCUGAAUAGAUAAAUGAUGUUUAUAAUACUAUCUAUAAGGAGGUUCUAACAAACAUGUUGAAGCAUGUCGUGCACAUUGGUACACGUUCUUGGUUUGUUGGUUUGGUCUUUUUCUCUUCAUCUUAAGAAAAUGAACUAAUAUUUUUCA